UUUGCGUAACGUAAAUAUGGCGGACGUGACGUCAUCAGCCGCCUUCAUCCGGGGACCGAGACCCUGGACCUUCCCUCCUCCCAGUGCCCUUCCAUCAGUAUUUAGUGUUAUUUCCUAUAUUUUCCAGCUGUUUUCAUGCAUAGAGAAGAAUAGAAAGAGGAGGAAAGAAGGAGAAAUGAAGAAGGAGGAGGAAGAAGAGGGAAGGGAAGGAGGAAGAGGAGAAGGAAAAGAAGAAAUAUUAAGAAAAGAUUUUCACUGAAUUUCCAGCGUUUUAAAGAAUCGUCAGGAUGUCAACAUUGUAUAAUGGUACAGUGUUGAGACAGGGACGGUCGCGUUAUAAUUCACUAAUUGAGGUUACUUUUGAUAAAUAAACAACUAGUACGGAGUCUUUUAAGUAUUUUAGACUAUCUUAUACCGGAAAAUAUUAAGGAAAAGUGGCGUAAAUAAGAAAAAAAAGGCAAAGAUUAGAGAUGUGGGAUUUUAUAACUUGUGGUAUCUUAAAAUACUAGUAUAAGAUAAACCCUAUGCAAAACGAAUAAUAUAACCUUUAUUAAUCAUCAUAACCUAGAAAACCGAUAAAUAUAUAUAUAAAAACCAGUGUAAUUAGUAAAAAACAAAAAAACUGUCCCUUGGAAGUGAGACGGCCCACAGAGUCGCGCCAAAAACGUGGAUCUACAGGCCAGGCAUCUUAUGUUUAACCAGGUGUACAAGGUGCUGGCUUUCAAGGGCCCCUCCACACCUACAGACACACGCACACACCACCAGAUACAGGAAGAAUUAAUUGAUGAGCUACAGAACUACACCAUCGUUCAGGUGGCAGCCGGAGACCAGCACUCUCUUGCUCUCACCUCCUGGGGCCUGAUCUACGCACGGGGUGACAAUGGGUACGGUCAGCUUGGCGUCAACUCCUGCGACAGUCACACCGCCACACGCAAGCUUGUCAAGAGUCUGGCCAGGAAGGUGACAGUGCAGCUGGCCUGUGGCGCCAACCACACCCUUGCCUUGACUGCUGAUGGUGACAAAAUACCUUCGGCCAGUUGGCACUUAGACACCGACAGGGGCCCCAGAAGGAUCCUGCCCUGGUGACCUCCUUGGCUGGCACCCUCUUAGUCCUGCUGGCCGCUGCGGGUCACCACUCUGCUGCCGUGACCCAGGCCGGCUACCUGCUGUUGUGGGGGUCAAACAAGCAGGGUCAACUGGGCUAUACUCCCAAGGGUGAUCCUCUUGUUAGAUCUUCGCAGGGGGUGACGUCAGCUUGGCCACCGUCAGCAGGGAGAGUGGGGGUGCUGAGGACUUUUGCAGCCCUCCCUACCCCGACCAAAUGCCCCUCUCUCUCACAAUUCAAGAACAUAUGAUUAAGAAACUUCUGUCAAUUGAGGAAGAAGACAUGAUUGAUGACGAUUUGUUUACGUACACAGAGACAGUGUUUGCCUCAGUGUGCGCUUGGAACAGCUCCCUCACGCUUGCUGGCUUGCACAAACACACACACACACGGGCUGGACUACCGUUUGGCUGAGGACUGUGUGGCUCAGAUUGGCCGGAUUGCAAGGGAGACCAUCCAGGAAGUGGCGAGUGCGUGCGUUUGUGUGCGUUUCACUGCAUUUUACUGAAGGUUUCCCAGGACAAAACAGGACAAACCGACCUGCUGGCAUUUCACACGCAGAAUCUCACAAGCGUCCACUGAUCCAUUACCGAGCUAAUCCAAACGUAUCCAAACGUCCACAGGUUCGUACUGGCAUUCAAAACGUGGCCAAGAGUCUUCCUUCGCAUCCCCCCAGCCAGGACGCCUUACGCUGUUAUGUCCUUCCCCUGUACAAGGACUUCACUGACCCUAAACAAACGGCCAAACUCCAAACGCCGUAUGCUGAGGGAGUGUUGAAGCUUGGCAAGGAGAUGGCGGAGGUGUUCAGGACUUUCCACUAAGGCUGGUUACUGUGUACAAGAAUGUGGUGGUACAAAUACUGAAUUUUGCUCACCAAUCUAGCUCUGAGAGACCGGCGUGCCCUUGUGUCUUCCCUGCUGCGGCUGUUGUCCCUGGUCCACGGUCUGAACUUCCAAGCCGGCUGCCGAGUGGGGCGGUUGAACUACGACGACUUUUACAUCCCAGAAAUUGCAGAGAAAAUUGAUAUUAGGAAUGAUUACUUGAACUGGAUGAA